AUGGCCCGUAACGCGGAGAAGGCGAUGACGGCGCUCGCCCGAUGGCGCAGAAUGAAGGAGGAGGAGGAGCGAGGCCCCAUCGCGAAGCGCCCAAAUGACACGCGCGAGUGCAAGCGGCUGGAGGACGCGAUUCGUUUCCGGAUGGAGAUUGCAAAAGACGUCGCGAAGAAGAUCCAGACGAUCCAGAACCCCGGGUUGGGUGAGUUCAAGAUCCGCGACCUCAACGACGAGAUCAACAAGCUCGUGCGGGUGAAGAACCAAUGGGAGCAGCGGAUCAAGGAAUUAGGAGGCUCCGAUUUUCGAAAAAUGGGUCGAGAGCUGGACAAGGAGGGCCGGGCGGUCGGCGGCGAUCGAAGUUACAAGUACUACGGCGCCGCCCGCGAUCUGCCCGGCGUCCGCGAGCUGUUCGAGAAGGACACCGAGAUUGAGAAAAUCCGAAAAACGCGCGCGGAUCUGAUGCGCUACGUCGACGCGGGCUAUUACGGGUAUUUGGAUGAUGAUGACGGGAUCCUGGAGCCGCUAGAAGCCGAGGAAGAAGCCCGAGCCAUCGCCAAGGCCAAGGAGGAAUGGGACGCGUCAAAGGUGAAAUGGGACAAGGACGCGCGGGACAGCGACUCGGCCGACGAGGUCGAGGACGACAUUUAUAAAGUGGAGGAUGACGCCGACGGCGAGUGGCAGGUCAAGAUCACCGAGGUGGUGGGCGAGGACGGGAAGAAGGUCGAGAUUCGCCACGUCAUGGUCCCCACCCUCAAGGAUAUCGAAGAAUCGCUGCUCGAGUCAAAGAAGCAACAACUCCUCGAGAAGUACCUCGGCGAGGCCCGGAUC